GGGAGGUGAAAUCUUUUUAAAUUUAGACCAAUUCAUCUCUCUGCUAUAUUUUCAGAAAACCCCUGUGCUCACCUUGUCCAUUUGCAUACAAAUUUUGUUUUGGAUCUUGGUCUUUUUCAAUUCUUCCUUUUGACUAUAUUCGAUCAAUUAUCAUUUCUCUGGAUCAAAAAAGAAAGCGAUCCGAUGCUCUGAAGUUUGUGCACAGUCGAUAUCUUUCAGAUAACACCAGGGUUUAUAGAGUUCAAUAAUUUUUCGAUCUUUGAGAAGUUGUGGAUAGCGAUUUUGGGAAAUUUGAACUUUUGAGGUUGGAAGUAAUUGCAAUUUCUGAAAAGGCAGGAGAUAGAUAGAAAAAGAAGAAAGGGGAUGGGAGGUUCAAAGAUGGAGGAGGAAACCUCUUCUUCCGUCGCUCCUUCUGCAGCUGCUAAUCGUAGAGACCCGUAUGAGGUUUUGAAUGUUUCAAGAGAUUCUUCCGAUCAAGAGAUUAAAUCUGCUUACAGAAAGCUCGCUCUCAAGUAUCACCCUGACAAGAAUGCUAGUAAUCCUGAAGCCUCAGAACUAUUCAAAGAAGUUGCAUAUUCUUACAACAUUCUAUCCGAUCCAGAGAAAAGAAGACAAUAUGAUAAUGCAGGAUUUGAGGCUAUUGAUGCUGAUGGAACAGACAUGGAAAUUGACUUAUCUAACCUUGGAACAGUGAAUACAAUGUUUGCAGCAUUAUUCAGUAAGCUUGGAGUUCCUAUUAAGACAACUAUUUCUGCCAAUGUUCUUGAAGAUGCUUUGAGUGGAAAUGUUACAGUCAAACCCCUUCCAUUAGGAUCAUCAGUUAGUGGAAAGGUAGAGAAACAAUCAGCUCAUUUUUUUGGUGUUAAUGUAACUGAAGAACAAGCUCAAGCUGGGAUUAUAGUUAGAGUUACUUCAGCCACUCAAAGCAAAUUUAAGCUACUUUAUUUUGAGCAAGAUAAUGGUGGGGGCUAUAAUCUUGCAUUACAGGAAGAGAGUGAAAAGACAGGGAAGGUGACAUCAGCAGGGAUGUAUUUCUUGCAUUUUCAAGUAUAUAGAAUGGAUUCAAGUGUUAAUGCGUUAGCAAUGGCUAAGGAUCCAGAAGCUGCUUUCUUUAAAAGAUUAGAAGGUCUUCAACCAUGUGAAGUUUCAGAACUAAAAGCCGGGACCCACAUAUUUGCUGUUUAUGGUGAUAAUUUUUUUAAAACUGCAUCCUACACAAUAGAAGCUCUUUGUUCAGCAACAUAUGAAAGCUCAACUCAUAAGCUCAAGGACAUUGAGCAACAAAUUUUAAGAAAGAGAACCGAGUUGCGACAAUUCGAGACCGAAUAUAGAAAGGCUUUGGCACAAUACCAAGAAGUGUCAAAUCGAUACAACCAGGAAAAGCAGAAUGUGGAGGAGCUUUUGAAACAACGAGACAAUAUCCAGUCAUCAUUUACAGCUGGCAGGCCGGUGGUUGUUGGGGGUAAAGUUGGAAAUGGAAAUAAUAGCCGUGAAGAGAGUAGUCCGAGUGAAGAAGAUGGAAAGGACAAGUCUUCAAAGAAAAGAUGGUUCAAUCUUAACCUCAAAGGAUACAAUGAUAAAAAAUCUACUUGAGUCAAUUUAGCUCUUCCACCUUUUUUGUUAUUUGUUAUUGUGUGUUACCUCUAUUUUGAUACAUUUUUUAAAUUGUUUUUUAUUCAUUUGGGGUGUUUAUAGUGGCUUGUUA